AUGGCCAUCAUGCCGCCCUUCUUCGCCUUCGUCCUCGCCGGCGAGCACGCGAUCAACCGCACGGUGCGCGAGGGCGGCGCCGCGGCCGCGGCCGGCGGCGCCGCGGCGCGGACGGGCUCGACGUGGCACCUGCGCGCGGCCAACUACUUCCACCACCACACGCUCAUCUGCUUCGGGGCCAUCAUCACGCCCAUGUACGGCGCGAUCCUCAGCAACGAGCUCGCGAAGCCGCGGCCGCCGACGUGGCGAUUCUCGCACGCGAUCAUCCACACCCGCGUCUUCGGCCAGGCCGCGGCCGUCGUCUCCCUCGUCCUCUGCUUCGGCUUCAAGGACAUCAUGACCAAGGCCGGCGCGCCCUUCGACGUCGGCGACGACUAG